UUCGUAUAUAAAUGAACUGCGAAACGUCUCCCUUUUAUAACCUCAAAAAUGCGCGAGAUGCAUCAAACUCCAAUGGUGAAGUGAGCUUUUUCUAAUCAUUAAUUAGUGCUAAAGUGAACGGAUUACCACAAUGCCAUCGAAAAAGAGAAAAUACAACGCCCGGUUUCCCGCCGGGCGAAUUAAGAAGAUAAUGCAGACGGACGAGGAGGUCGGAAAAGUGGCCCAGGCCGUGCCAAUCAUAAUUUCUCGGACACUGGAGCUGUUCGUGGAAUCCCUCCUCAGCAAAGCCCUCCAAGUGACGACCGCCAGAAACGCCAAGACCCUCAGCCCUUCACACGUGAAACAGUGUAUAUUAGCUGAAUCUCGCUUCGACUUCCUUAAAGACUUGGUCGCAAACAUACCAGAUGUAUCGGCGGCAGAGGAGAAAGAAAUGAUGAGCGCUGAGGAUUCCCCAAAUUCAUCUAGAUUUUCAGACUCAGCUCCCCGCCGACUAGCCAGAGAAGACUCCAAUAGCUCUAGCAGCAGUGAAGUCCGACCCCGGACCCAAAGAGAAAUGCCUCGCAGCAUCUCCUUAGACCCCGAAAUACAUAAGCACAGGCACGAACCCACCGCCACCAUAGUCUCCACAGACACAGUCAUGGAUUUAUCUAAAAAGUCCACAGAACCAAAGGUUCGUGCAAACUUUUAUCAAGAAACGCUACCUGAUGAUGUACAGCAAACUAGUGUCAUAACCCCCAAUCCAACUUACGCGCAACCGUCAACCUCAAAUUUCGUCCCAAAAGUCGACGUGCCAAAGCCAACGAAAUUCUACGUAGAUAUACCAGUACAGAACAACAAUACGCCUGUAACACCAAUAUUAAACAUAGACUUUUCUAAAAGCUUAGCCGCCCCUGAGAUAAAAGUUUUAAGCCCCGCUUUAGAGAAACCGAGAUUACAAAGGCAGCAUUCGAAACAACAUAAGGAAGGAAGGAAGGAGGUUAAGGAAGUUAAGAAAUUUAAACCGCCCAUACCCCAUAUUGACAUUGAUUUGACGGGCAAUCUACAGAUCGAUGAAGACUACGAUACCUGAAUACGUUUGUAAGUUUUGUUUUUGUAUUUGUAAGUGAUGUUUGUUAUGCAAUGAGGUUUUUUAAACGAAACGUUUUAUUGAGGCGUUUUUGUAAAUAAAAAGUUACCGCAACACUUACUGCUUUCAAAACACAAUUAUUAUGGCGGGAGAAUACAAUCACGGGCUAAUUUAGUUCUUCUUCUUCUUCUUUCUCCUCGCCACUUCCCGUUACGCGAGGUCGGCUUUCUUAAUCUUGAGGCGCCACUUGCUCCGCUGAUAAGCGUCGUCGGGAGUUAGGCCGAGCUCCUUCAUGACUCUCUAAACAUUCGUCAUCCAGGUAGUCACCGGCCUACCUCUCUCUCUUUCGUGCGCAGCCGUGGAAAGGCACUUUUUCACGAAAUGGUUUUCGGAUCUACGCAUUACAUGGCCGUACCAUGGCCAUGAGCGUGACUCGGUUAGUUUGUCAGUAAUGGGCGCUACUUUAAAAUUACCCCUUAUGUAAUUAUUACGCACUUUGUCCCUGAGAGUAACUCCAUCCGACCACCACAGCAUCCGCAUUUCAGUUGUAUGAAGUUUUUGUUGGUGGAUUUUCUUCAUAGCCCAUGCUUCGCUGCCGUAGAGUUAAACCGGUCUCACGGCUGUUCUGUAGACCUUGCCUUUCGUUCUUAUAGGCAUUUUAGGAUCGCAAAGAACUCCCGUUAAAGUACGCCAUUUAUUCCAGCCAGUGGACAUCCUGUGUGCUAUUUCGGCGUUUAGUUGUUCAAUAUUUAAAUUAUAAAAUGUCCAAUAAAAAAACCUAAAGUCCGUGACACUUGUCAAUAUCAAUACAGUAGAAUCCGCUUAUAAUAAUAUCGAAGGGAAGUGACAAACACGUCAUACUAAGCGGAUAUCAUAUAGGUAAAGCAUAGUUGAUUAACUUCUUAUUUUUGUUAAUUUUUCCAAAUUAAUCUCAAAACGCCACGCACACCAAAUUUGUUUUAUCCUAUAUUUCAUCUAUGCCUGGUAACGAAAUAAAUUUUUGUAUUUUGUAUUUGUAAAUAGGAUUUAUAGGUUUACUUACUAUGAAGCAACUUGUCAUUAUAAGCGAAGUCAUCUUAUCCGACUUAGUCACAAAUAAUUUUAUAUGAAAACCAAACUUCGCACAGUAAUUACGUCAUAGUAAGCGGUUGAUCAGUUUAAGCGGAGUCAUUAUAAACGGAUUCCACUGUACGUUUAUACCGUUAAAAUAGAAGACUCCCAUGAGAUUCUGAUAUAUGGGUCGUUUUCAAGCAAAGGUACCACAUUGUCGCUUGCCAUAAGGACGCUGUGACAGGUUAUCUCAUCGCGCUGCUGUCGUGGCUCGUGGCGCAUGAAGGACCUCCAAGCGGAUCAAAACACGUGAAUGACCGUUUAUAAAUAUUAAUUGUAUUUUGAACUUUAUUAAUAAGGUAUUAAAGAUUAUGGGUAUUUAUUUUGCUGCCUUAUGCCUGUAAAAAACCUCAUUGGCGAACAGGUAGACAUAAUUAUGUUAUACUGUGUUGUUUACCAUUCUGUGUGGUAUGUUUUAGUCGCUACAUCGAUAUUAAACCGUUCUGAUUUUCUCAAUCUUGUCGCCUAGUCAAUAAGAUUGAUAAUUGAGGUUGAAAAUUAAAAACAAUAUUGACAGUCACGCACGCGUUUUGACAUUACUGACGUGUUAUUGAUAUUGAGUUUUCAACUAGUCAUGUCAUGAUAGAUUUUAAAUUCGGCUGUUUCCUUUUUUUGAAGCGCGAUGUAAAAAAAAUCCAUUUAGAACUUAGCGCCAUCUAUCGUUACCAGAGUUUACUCUAACUUUUCUACUUCUACACUAGAUGUCACUAGUGGUCUCCAAAUUUAUGACGUCGCUACACAAGCGAAUUUGAAAAGGGAAACAGUUGAUUUUAGUCCUUGACUCGCGCAGAUAACUGAGAUCUAAUAACUAGUGAACUGUAACGACAUUUUUCUGAAGAUAACUGUUUAUUUGUAAAAAAAAAUCCUUUCACUAAUUAUUUAAAUUUGCGCGAAACAAGAUUUUAGGUAAUUAGGGUAACUAUAAAAAUUUGACAUUAAAUCUGACUUACGCAAGUAAGUCGGUCGUAGAAAAAUAUGAAAUUAUAGAUAGAGUUAGACCAAGACAAGUCUGCAACGAUUUUGAUAGCACAUGCAGUGCAAGUGUUAUUUUAAACGUCAAACUUCUAUGAAAUUAUGACGUAUAAAUAACAGUUGCACUGCGUAUGCUAUCAAAAUCGCCGCACUUUUCUUGGUCUAACUCUAAGGUUUUUCUAGUUCGCGUGGCUACAAAAUGACUCGAUAAUUGUUUUGUUAUAUGAAGUCUAACAUUAAAUUAAGAUGAGCGAGUUUUUUUUUUUUUUUUUUUGUAAAGACGAUCAAAGAGUAAAAACGUUUACUAGCAACACUGGUUUAAUUUUAUAAAUUAUUUGACGCUACCGACGUUUGUCGAUAAAGAUUGUAUUGAAGGUUUUUAUUUUCUGAUCCCUUUAUAAGUUUCUAUGGUUUUAUUAUUUUAAACCAAAGUUUCGUGUCUUCUAUUACAAAUAAGUGUCAGAUGCUUUUGGCGCGUUGCUUCAUUCGCUACUAUCGAUGACUGUACGGUCCGAGGCUUGUUCGAUCGAGUAGCAGGCCGUUCGCCGUACAUCCGUUAAGGACGCAGCUAUGAAAGCGAGAAAGAGAUAAGCUGACCGGAUCACCGGACCAAGGUCGCGAUCCGGUACGCCCGUCUGUUAGUGCUUUAAAGAGCUCCACUUACGAUGCAACUAAAUUACAUGCGAUUUUAGAGAAUUGCCAGCUAAAGCUAGUUCAAUCGGUCGAUCAAAUGCCGCAAUUUAACGCAACCUAACUAUCGGCGACGUCUGUAGAGGCCUUACGAGGUUAUCACACUGAUGUGAAUUCGCACAUCGCUCCAGUUUAUGAGUGUGAUAGCGCUAUGCGUGUGUAUAGCGAUGUCCUGCUCGCGCACCGGAGCGACUUGCGAAUUCGCAUCCAAUGUGAGUUACGAGUGCGUUCUGUAGGUUUGUCGCCAUCAUGAAUGAAGCUUUUCAAUCUUUUUUUACAAUCAUUUCUAAACAGUAAUUUGUUAAAACUUAAAGAAAUAUUAUUUUUACUAAAAAGGACUUAAUCGCGUACUUGUAUUUAAUUAAUUUUAAUUUUCCUUCAGGAUGUUUUGGACGUUGGUACAGUCGAGUCGCCAUCAGAUAUAUCGGAGCGGCCGACAGUGACCACAGACAACGUAUAGUCCCGCUACCCCCUUUGCCACGCAUACGGUAGCUUUACUCGAUAAAUUUUCGAAUUUCGAAUCACGCCCACCAAUCCUACUUCAGUCGGCGGACCACAUGUCUUUGAACGGACCAAUCACGGCACGGGACUCUCACCUCGUUCCCCGCACCCCUGUAUUUUAGGCAGCAUCGGUUUCAUGAAAUAACUGCUCUAUACGAGUUCUUUAGAAAUAGGUGUUCUGUGUCAGUGGCGUAGCGUGAACUAAUCUAGUCGUGGGCGAAAACCACAUCUGCGAGGCCCUUUUCAAUGUGUUUUCCCAAGGUAAUAAAAAGGUUGGCUUUGCGAGGCCCCCCUAAGUGCGAGGCCGUGAGCAAAGGCCCCAUUCGCCCACGUCUAUAGCUACGCCACGGGCUUUGUUCAGAUAUUUGUAAACACCCUAAAGACCUACUGUCACUACAAAACCAUUCAACUCUGGAGGGAAAAACCAGGUUUGAACCAUUCCAAAGCGCUUAUCAAGGCCUUCAGCAAAAAAGGCGUCUUCGAGCGCCUUGGCGCUGCCUAGGAACCAACUGCGCAAAUUGGUUAGGGUGCUUACCGGGCACUGCGGCCUAAAUAAGCACAUGCACACUAUGGGGAAACGUGACAUGGGGCGGUGCAGACUCUGUAUGGAGGCAGAGGAGACGCCCCUACACAUCCUCACAGAGUGCCCCUGCCUAAUGCGCACUCGUGACUUGAUCCUGGGUGGACAUAUAUUGCGCCCGGAGGAGUUAGUCUCUCGAAACCAAAAAGAUCCUGCAGCUGUUUGAAGUUGCAGGUUUGGAUCGAGAGUUGUAGUAGGUGGGGAUCACAAUAGAUCAAAGAUGGUCGCAGUGAUACAUAGGCUCUGGAGCCUUACAUAGCCCCUAGAAAAAGAAGAAGAACACCUCGGCCGCUCCGGUAUAUCUGGUGGCGACUUUAACUUCAUGCCCGUGAUCUCGGUAUUAAGUCCCUUUUAGUUUUUAAUGUGUUAAAAUUGCGAAAUUAACACUAAAUGCAACGGGUCACUAUGUAUGUAAAUGUCCAUAGUUAGGUGACCCUUUUUUAAUGAUUUUAAUGUAUAAUUUAAUAUGGAUGGUAUUAUGUACCUAUAUUAUGAUUGUGACAUGUGAGCCUUUAAUUUUUUUUCUGUUCAGCUUUUUUCAUAGUUGUUGUUUUUUGUAAACUUCGAAUUGUAUUGUUUUUAUAUGUAGGAAGUAAAUUAUGUGUAUGAAACGAGUAAACAAUACUUUUAAUAUUUUUUUACUUUGCUGAAUGUCAAUUAAAUUGAGAUUUAUUUAUGAAAAAGAUGUAUGUGCUUUGUAGUUCGUAAAAAAAUUAGACCUUAAUGCAGUUUUAAAAUCAGUUUCGACCUUAGCGUUGCCUGUUUCUUAUGCAUAUGUUUUUCUACAGUUGGGCAUUUACUAAACAAUUUCCAUGACAUAAUUAUAUUCCUGUUCCGAUCGCACUCGCGUUAAUCGCCGACGGGACAGCAAUAUAAUUACGCGUGCGAUAGAGAACGAAACAUGCGGUUCAAUGUACGAAAUUAUUCGUGUUUAACAUCCUUACUUUGAUGAUGGCCAAGUGGAGAAAUAUAUCAGAACACAUGCUGAUUUCUAUGGCAACUAAGGCGAGUUCAUUGACUUAUAUAUAUAGACGGGCGUUACGGGCACUAAGAAUGGUGCUAGUCAUUGACGUAUAUCUAAAGGACGGGCUUUACGGGCAAUAAGAAUGGGGCCAGUACCGCGCGGUGUGCCACCGGUCCAACGCGCGCGAUUGGCCGCAACUAGUUCCGUUAGACUGCACGAUUGGCUCGAAUUCGUAAGGCACACCGCUGAACUAGCACCAUUGAUAUAUCUAAGGGACGGGCCUUACGCGCACUAAGAAUCUUCAACCAAUCGCGUUGUGACGUUAGACUGCACGAUUGGCUCGAAUUCGUGUGCGUGACACCGCUGUACCUACUGGCCCCAUUUUUAUUGCCCGUAAGGCCCUUUAGGCUUUAGGCCGUUAGCCGUUAGGUCUUUAUAAAUUAUUAAGUAUCUAGAGACUGUUUCUGAACAAAACAUAAUUUCGUCAAUUUCGACUUGAUUUAUAAAAUCAUUGAUAUCUCGAAAUCCAUAGAGACAAUGUGGUACCUUUAGCCUGAGAACGUCACAAAUAUAAGUCAAUGGGCGAGUUGCAAUAUAUUUGACCACUGGUCGUCACUAUCUGUUUGAUGCUGACUGCACAUGUAAUACCUAAAGCAGAAGAGGGUUAAAAAUUACGCUGAAUUAUGUAUAUAAUAACAAAGAUAGAUAUAACUCCGUAAUAGAUGGAUACAGUCUAAGGGAAAAACGUGCCUCGAAAAUCACGAAAAUUUGAUUCUCGAUCAGAUGGCGCCACUAGUUUUGGCCUACUCUCGUAUAGAGGGCGUUGACGGUUUCGUUUGUUAUUUAUAAUUUUAACGCAUAUCCGUUGAAGAACAUGGCUCAAAAUCAUAUAAAAAUAGUUAAUGCAAAUAAAAAUAUCAUUUAUCCAUAUUUAAAUACAUUUGAACGUAUUUUUAUAAAUCAUCAUUUUUAGUUUUAAAGUAUGUCGAUAGAUGGCAGUGAAUUUACAGUGGUUACAAAAUUUACUAUGACAGUACCGCUCUAUUUUAUUAUAUCCUCUUUGAUAAUAAUUAUAGUAUUGUAUACUAUUUUUGUACCUAAAUACAUAGACAUAUAUAUUACUUCGUAAAGACCGGCCUUACUAGCACUACGAAUGGGGCCGAUAUAUUGGAGUCAAAAUCGCAUUUAGUUACACCAGCGUGCCGAGUCGUGUGGCGAAUUGCGCAGUGGAAAGGCGUCGGUGUUCGGUCGGAAAUGUAUGCAUACGCUUAUACUUUGUUUACACCAAUGGUGGCGCCUUUCCACUGCGCAAUUCGCCACACGACUGAGCGCGCUGGUGUAACUAAAUGCUAUUUUGACUCCAAUGUAUCGGCCCCAUUCGUAGUGCUAGUAAGGCCGGUCUUUACGAAGUAAUAUAUAUGUCUAUACCUAAAUAUCUGUUUUAUGUCACUGUACAGAAUGAUCACUCAAGAAAUAAGUCUUAUUGAAGUUACUUUGAUGUUAAUCGUAUUUGUGUUAGUAUAGUCAGAGACCUGUAAAUUAUAAAGACUGCAGUUUUGUUUCCCUUCCAAAAUUUACUAAAUCCUCGGCAGAACAAAAUUGAACUAUUUUAUUUUAAACUAUAAUGGACCCAACACUAAAAGCGCAAUAAAUUAUUGACGAUUUUGUAAAAAAACUGCAUGUAGAAAAAACCAAAAAUGUGUUUUGUGAAUUUAAAUGCCUUAAACGCACUCUUUAUUACUUCCUUGUCUUUGAUAUAAGUAAGUGACGGAUUUUCCGAGUCAGUUAUCAAUCAUCUAUGGAUAUUUAGGGUAAACUACCCUAUUUUGGACAACUCGCCAGUGGUUGGCAUUUUUACCCUAUUUUAAGGCAUCGGUGGUAACUUUCCUACAAAAAUAGGUGCCAAUGCCUGGAAGUGCCAAUUAUUGGGUAGUAGUCACCUAUAUAUAUGUUUGUAUUUUUAUGCGUUUAGAGAGAAUACAUCGGUAGUGGUGUUUCCUUAGGGAGCCAGUUACCAGUGACACUGAUGAGUUAUUUAAUUUAUAACCGUUUUGUUAAGGAUUUUAAGUUGUUUUUUCCAUAACCGAUGUAAGUAAGACUGUGAGACUCAAAAGCAAUAAUGUGUAAAUGUAUAUGUAUAGUAAAAUGUUAGAAUUAUGUGUACAACGCUGCAUUGUAUGUUUUUAUGUUGUAAGUUAUGAUAGAAAUACAGUUUGGUGAUACGUAA